CGUAUUUAAUUUUUUUAACUUUUAUUUUUAUUUUUCACAUAUAUUAUAAAAUAUCUUUCAACAAAAAUGAUUUUAAAAAAAUUAUUUUUCCUAACCGCCAAGUCCAAAUACUACUCACAUUGGCAUUUCAGAUUUUGGCUUUUCGGAUCAAAAUGCCAAGUGAAAAAGCCAUUAGCCAAACAAUGAUUUUGGCUGUUCGCUUGGUCAAAAAACCAAAGUCAGCCAAAAAUGCCAAAAGCUAUCUCAAAUGCUCUUUUCCAAACACGGCCAAAAUUUUAGUACAUGCCUUCAAAGUACAACGUAUUAUCCAAUUUUUGGUGCUAUUAAUUCACUAGAUAAUGUGCCGCAGUUGACCAUCGUUGCCCGCACUGUCCAAUAAAAUGUCCGAAACAACCACCACGGAGUUCUGUACAAUCCAGAGCACAGACGGAGUCACGCUCGAUGCCCGGAUAUUCCGACCAUCCGCCGCCGAGCACGACCAGAAGAGCGCCGGCAAUGCGGCGGAGACAGUGGCGGUGAUGGUGCAUCCUUACUCAGUGCUAGGCGGUUGCCAGGGUCUGAUGAAAGGGAUGGCCCGCGGCCUGGCGAGCCGAGGACUAACAGCCGUGACCUUCGACACGCGCGGAGCCGGCAGAUCCACCGGCCGCGCCUCCCUCACCGGAUCCGCGGAGGUCAACGACGUCGUCUCCGUCUGCAAUUGGGCGGCGAAGAACCUCUCCGCGAGGCGCAUCGUGCUCGUCGGGUCCUCCGCGGGGGCCGCGAUCGCCGGAUCUGCGAUCGACGCGGCGGAGGAGGUGGCGGGAUACGUCAGCAUAGGGUACCCCUUCGGAUUCACGGCGUCGAUUCUGUUGGGAGGGCACCAGAAGGCGAUCACGAAAUCGCUAAAGCCGAAGCUGUUCGUGAUGGGGACCCGAGACGGGUUCACCAGCGUGGGGCAGUUGGAGAAGAAGGUGAAGAAGAUGAGGGGCGAAAAGAACGAAACGCAUCUAAUCGAAGGGGUCAGCCAUUUCCAGAUGGAAGGCCCUGGGUUUGAUGCUCAAAUGGUGAACUUGAUUCUUCACUUCAUCACAUCACUGUAAUUUUAAUUUUCUUCUUCCUCAACCACUUGGGGUUCUUCAUUUGAAUACUUCUCGAUUGCAGGCCAAAUUUAUGUCAGUGUAUACAUUUAAAAAAAAAAAACCCAAAUUCGUAAAAUCAAAUGUAUUGGUUAAU